AAUAUCUCCUUAGACGCACACGCUAAGUCCGCGGGAGGCUUCCAGUUCAAGCACAACGCCCAAGGACGCUCGACCAAUCACUUUAAGCCCAUUACCGUUCUUCCUCACGGCCGGCGGCAAUGCCGGAAUCCGACGAACAGCAUGAUCUCUCCGACGAUUCCGACUAUGCCUCUUCCCAGCAGCAGGGGUUUGGCGGCAGCGUGUACUCCAAAUCGGCCGAGGCCCGUGAAUUCGACGAGAAUGAUGCGUGCGAGACUGUGUACUCGAGGGAAAAUGUCGCAAUCCACCCAACGCAGAACCCGGCGGAAAGAAUCAGUGGCCAGUUGCGUCUCAUUAAGCAGCAAUCAUCCCUUUUUCUGCGGUGGGUACCUUACAUUGAUAUUCCUUAUAAAGAAGACUCUACAGGGGAGUUAUCAAAUUCAAUAUUAACAAAAGAUAGGCAAUUGUACGCCAUUAAAUAUUUACCAUUUAGUGAUGUGCAUUCUGUUCAUAGACACACGCCUCCUCUUGGUUGGCAAUACCUAAUUAUUGUCCUAUCAUCAGGACUUGCAUAUCCCCCACUUUAUUUCUACAGUGGGGGUGUCCGGGAAUUUCUCGUAAACCUUAAGCAACAUGUGGCUAUUGUGAGGUCUGCAGAUAAUACAAAUAUCUUUCUUGUGAAUGAUUUCCGCGAUCCUCUUCAGAGAAGCUUGUCCUCUCUUGAGUUGCCCAGGGCUAUUGCUGUUUCUAAAGCCAGUCCCGCACAUAAUGCAACGGCUAGAUAUUCAGCUGAAGGUUCUUCCUAUGUUGAAAGUUCUAGUGCCUCAGAAUACAGUGGGAGGCACAUGCCAAAGAAUCAUGAUCCUGCUCGUGACAUUUCACUUCAAGUCUUGGAGAAAUUUUCUCUUAUUACGAAGUUUGCUCGAGAAACCACCUCACAGAUCUUUCAGGAAAGCCAAAAUAAGGGUUUCGUCGCUUAUGAGAAACAGCAUGAAAAUAAAUCUUCAGCUCUGUCUGAAACUAUGAAUUCAGAUAAACUACUUGUGUCUUCAGAACCUUUGGAGGAGUUUGACAACUCUCAGCUAGCUAUGGGAGAACCCCGUCAGGAUCCUUUAGACGCUGAAGAGUGGGCAGCAUUUUUGGACUCUGAAGGCAGAAUUAAUGAUUCUAAUGAUCUAAAGAAGCGAAUAUUCUAUGGAGGAAUCAAAUCUAAUCUGAGAAAAGAGGUCUGGAAAUUUUUGUUGGGAUACCACUUGUAUGAUUCUACAUAUGCAGAGAGGGAAUAUCUUACUUCAGCUAAGAAGUCUGAGUAUGAGUGCUUAAAAUCCCAGUGGCAGAGUAUCUCAACGACCCAAGCCAAGAGAUUUAGCAAGUUUAGAGAAAGAAGGGGACUUAUUGAAAAGGACGUGGUUAGAACAGACAGAUCUGUCGCAUAUUAUGAUGGAGAUGAUAAUCCACAUGUGAAGCUUCUACAUGAUAUAUUGCUGACAUACUCAUUUUAUAAUUUUGAUUUAGGUUAUUGUCAGGGAAUGAGUGAUCUUUUAUCACCCAUAUUGUUUGUGAUAGAGGACGAGUCAGAAUCGUUCUGGUGUUUUGUCGCGCUGAUGGAACGCCUAGGGCCAAACUUCAACCGUGACCAAAGUGGCAUGCACUCCCAACUUUUUGCCCUGUCUAAGUUGGUGGAGCUUCUUGAUCGCCCAUUGCAUGAUUACUUUGUUCAAGCAGAUUGCUCAAAUUACUACUACUGUUUUCGUUGGAUUCUCAUUCAAUUUAAACGGGAAUUUGAGUACCAAAAGUUACUGUGCCUGUGGGAGGUAUUAUGGACCCACUACAUUUCAGAACAUUUCCACUUAUACAUCUGCGUCGCCAUCCUGAAAAAAUACCGCAGGCAAAUCUACACAGAGCGCAUGGACUUCGAUACGCUUCUGAAGUUCGUUAACGAGCUCAGUGGAAAAAUAGAUCUUGACGAAAUUUUAAUGGAAGCAGAAAGCUUAUGCAGAUAUGCUGGAGAGAAGGGAGCUGCCUGUAUUCCUCCUGGAACUCCUCCGUCCUUCCCCACAGGCCCUGACCAAGCUUUCUAUCCUGAAAAUGGCGAUUUGUAAGAGAAGGAAGCUGCUUUUGGCCUUUUCUUUCUGAAUCAAAUAGAUUUCUGUGUUCAUUUGACCACAAUAUUUUGUAAAUAAAAAGUUUCUGUCACUUCAACUUAUCCUAUUGUUUUGGUUUUAUUUUUA